AUGAUACCGGCUCUGGUCGCCCAGAGGCGGGGAUGGCGCUGCCUCUACCGGCUGUACCUGCGGUGUCAGGCGGCGCAGCUCAACCGGGUCUGCCACGGAUGGCCAGGCUCAAUGACAUGUGGAAGUCUCUCUCACAUACUGCCAUGCAGUUGUCUGCCAGUCCAAUCACUGAGUCAAGUGAGAGUUUACACCUCUGAUGGUCAGAAAAAAGGCCCUGUACCAGGCCCUGAAGGAGCUGUUCACAAACCUGGAACAGCACGGGAUACCAGCAGUGCAGACCAAAAACCACUUUUAUUGCAAGAGCCAAUCCAAGUAAAAGUUAAAGCAGUUCUUAAAAAGAGAGAGUAUGGACCAAAAUACACACAAAAUAAUUUCAUCACUGGUGUCAGAGCAAUAAAUGAGUUCUGUCUUAAAUCCAGUGAUCUAGAACAGCUGAGGAAAAUCAGACGACGAAGUCCCCAUGAUGAUACUGAGGCUUUCACUGUAUUUUUGAGAUCAGAUGUAGAGGCAAAAUCUCUAGAAGUUUGGGGAAGCCCGGAGGCUCUUGCUAGAGAGAGAAAACGGCGUAUUGAAGCAGAGAUAGAAUACAGAGAAAAUCUAUUUAGAAACCAAAAGCUGUUAAAGGAGUACAAAGAUUUUCUUGGGGAUACUAAGCCACGCUCCAGCACAGCCGGUAUGUUACUCAAAGGACCAGGAAAGGUGGUGAUGGUUGCUAUUUGCAUAAAUGGGUUGAAUUUUUUCUUUAAACUACUCGCUUGGGUUUACACGGGUUCUGCAAGCAUGUUUUCAGAAGCUAUACAUUCUUUAGCAGACACUUGCAACCAGGCUUUGCUAGCAUUGGGCAUCAGUCAGUCUGCAAGGACACCAGACCCUAGUCAUCCGUAUGGCUUCACAAAUAUGCGCUAUAUUGCCUCCCUAAUUAGUGGGGUCGGCAUUUUCAUGAUGGGUGCAGGACUUUCCUGGUAUCAUGGAAUCAUAGGUUUACUUCAUCCUCAGCCCAUGGAAUCUCUUCUUUGGGCUUAUUGUAUCUUAGCAGGAUCACUGGUGUCUGAAGGAGCUACCCUUCUUGUUGCUAUAAAUGAAAUUCGAAGGAGUUCCCGGGCAAAGGGUCUGUCAUUUUAUCAAUAUGUCAGGCUGAGUCGUGAUCCCAGUACAAAUGUGGUGUUGUUGGAGGAUGCUGCAGCAGUUUUGGGUGUGACAUUAGCUGCUACUUGCAUGGGUCUGACUUCUUUAACAGGCAACCCUUACUAUGACAGCCUGGGAUCUCUAGGUGUGGGAACUUUGUUGGGAGCUGUAUCAGCUUUUCUCAUCUACACCAACACAGAAGCAUUGCUGGGACGAUCCAUUAAUCCUGAGCAAUUACAGCGACUUACUGAGUUACUGGAGAGUGACCCUGUCGUUAGAGCAAUUCAUGAUGUUAAAGCCACAGACAUGGGAUUGAGCAAAGUGAGAUUCAAGGCAGAAGUAGACUUUGAUGGACGGGUUGUGACUCGUUCUUACCUGGAAAAGCAAGACAUUGAACAGCUGCUACAAGAAAUUCAGCAGGUGAAAACUCUUGAGGAAUUAGAAGCCUUCAUGCUUAAACAUGGAGAAAAUAUCAUUGACACACUGGGAGCUGAAGUAGACCGGCUUGAAAAGGAGCUAAAGCAACGCAAUCCUGAUGUUCGACAUGUAGAUUUGGAAAUAUUGUAG